CGAACUCGAGCGUCUCUCCACGCCUCUACCCCGACUUCUCCCUCCUCCGUCCUGCUUUCUUCUGGUCCUCCUCCUUUUCCCUCUCCCGUUGUUCAUGAUCUGGGGGUCUGGGGCCUGAGAGGACGGCAGGAUGGAGGACCGGGUGUGGACCAUGUGCCUUCUCGUAACGUCUUUGAUUUUGGGACAGACCGACGCUCAGAGUCAGACCAACGACACUAACUCAAGGCCGAUGUUCCCUUGCGGAGGCCACCUGAUUACAGACUCCGGCAUUGUGGCAAGUGAAGGCUUCCCAGAUUACUACAAACCCAACAGUAAAUGUACCUGGUACAUCACUGUUCCAGAGAGUCAUGUGGUCAUGCUCUCCUUCCGCCUCUUCGACCUUGAGGCUGACCCCACCUGCCGCUAUGACUACUUGGAUGUCUUCAACGGUCACUCGCGCUCAGUGCAAAAACUGGGUCGUUUCUGCGGGACGUUCAGACCUGGUGCUCUCAUUUCUACCUCCAACACCAUGAUGUUGGAGCUGGUGUCAGAUGAAGCCACAGGAGGAAGAGGCUUUCUGGCUGCCUUCAACGCAGGGAAACCACAUAUGGAAGAGAACCAGUUCUGCGGAGGCCGCCUGACCAAAUCACAAGGCUCUGUCAAGACGCCCAACUGGCCAAACUCAAAUUACCCAGCAGGAAUCAGCUGCUCCUGGCACAUUACUGUAGAGCCAAGCAACGUGAUUGAAGUGAAAUUUGAAAAGUUGGACUUGGAAUCAGAUAUGUACUGUCGCUAUGACUAUGUGGCAUUGUUUAACGGCGGAGAAACCGACGACUCAAGGAGGAUUGGGAAAUUCUGCGGAGAUAGACCGCCAGGUACCAUAGUGACGAAUGGCAAUGAGCUUCUUGUCCAGUUUGUGUCUGAUCUGAGCGUGACCUCGGAUGGAUUCAUGGCCUAUUACACCAGUGUGCCCCUUGGAUCCCGCACUCCUACUGCUGGGGGUGAUUUCAUCUACAGUCCUACGCUCAUCUCCAGGCCACAGAAACCAACCGUGAAGCCAAGGAAGCCCAUCAAAUCAACACCUAAACCACCAUCCAAACCAACGACAAGACCAACUCCAAAACCAACUACUAAACCAAUCUCCAAACCAACUCCCAAACCACCUGUUAAACUCAGACCAGGGCUCCGUCCAAAACCAACCCCCAAACUACCAAAGGAGCCAAUAUCAAGGACCCCGCCGGUCAAGAAACCUCCUUAUCGUAGACCUACUUCGAAGCUGGUGGUCAAGCCCACGCCUAAACCCAAACCAACCAAAACCACACCUAAGUUCCCCGUGAAAAAACCUACAAUGAAACCCAAAACUAAACCUACACCUAAACCCAAACCAAGGCCCAAACCAAGUCCAAAACCCACCCCCAAACCAACAGCAAAGCCUAAACCAACACGUAAACCUGCUGUGAAACCAAAGCCCACCAUGAAACCACAAGUCAAACCAGUGAAGCCGACCCCAAAGAGUGGAGUUAAACCAAUAGGUAAACCUAAGAUAAUACCUAAACCAACACCGAAACCCGGACUGAACAAGACUGUGACGAAGAAACCCACUGUCGUUAAGAAACCUUUUCCGAUGAACCCACAGUGUACACAACCCUGUAGGAGACCAGGAACCCUUCAGUCCAGCUUCUGCACUCACGACUUUGUCAUUACCGGAAGGGUUACUUCCUUGAGCAGCGGAGCAACUGGCUCAGCUACAGUCGAAGUGUCCCUGAUUAGGGCCUACAAGACGGGGCUCCUCAACCUCACCAAAUCAGGACCCGUCAAGACGGUAACACUGACCUCCUCCUGCAAAAGAUGCCCUGGACUUAUCAAAGGUCAGAACUACGUCCUAAUGGGAAAAACUGACGCACAGGGCAACGGCUCCCUGAGUCCCUCCAGCUUCACUCUGCUCUAUAAGCCUGUACACGCCAAAACACUGUACGCCGUGUCUCGCAAACCGUGCUGACAUCAUGGCCUUGUCCACUAAUCAGAGGGACAUCUCUGAAAAAGAUUUCACCUUAUAAGGAAUGGAACUGUUUAUAGUAAUAUACUGCACCAUUUUAACAUCAUAAUGUUGUGAAAAGCUGUUAAGGUUAAAUAUUUCAUUUUGUUUUAUAUCUAAUUUAUGUUAAAUAGUAUUGCUGUGGUAAUAAACACAUAAUAAACACAGCUGAGGUAAAUAUAGUUUUUUGUUGUUUUUAUUGACUAAAGAAUUAAGAUCAAAGCGCCAAAUGAUUUAACAGCCCAGCCCAGACACUGUUUGCUGCUGUUUUUGAAAAUAUUGACCUGUUUUAGCUGUCAAAUAGAUUACCUCACAUUGAGGAGCCCAAAUCAUCACCAAUUCACCACCAUGCUUAACAGUUUAUUUAUAUUGUGCAGAGAUACAGUUGUUCAAACAUGAAGUUUCGAAAUCUCUCUUCUUUGCUCUCAACUGUCCAAAGGACAUCACUCUACAAGUCUCGUUCAGUUAGACACUGCUUUCCCAACAAGCGGACGACAAAUAGACCAAGUAAACAUAUUCAUCUGUGAGGAAUAAAUGGCAAAAUCAAACACACAAGAACUUUACUCAAGCAAGGUGGAGCUCAGUCACAGACAAUGAGUCAGCAAAAAAAAAAAAAAAAAAAAAAAAAAAAAAAAAAAAAAAAAAAAAAAAAAAAAAAAAAA